CCCACUGGUUCAGCUGGAAGCAGUCCUGAGACAAUGUUGUACAUCAGACAUCUUGGAUCAUACAUAAAUACGAUAACAAAAUGUUAUCAACAUGAGCGAUAUUUCCUUGAAGUGGUGAUGUGGAUUUACGUGUGUGUCUGCCUUCCUUUGACCGUACUGAUCAUCUACUACGUGUGUUGUGUGAUGCAAAGGAGUCAGGUCCCUGUCAUCUAUUACACAAACCUCCUCCUCUCCAAUCUAAUCCGGAUCUGCAUAAUGAUCGUUUGGAUCAUAAGAGUGGAAAGCAGCAUGAGUGGUAUUAUUUACAACUUGUGUGAGAUGGUCGGUCUUUACUUCAAGGUGUGCAUUGCUCUGGAAAGGUGUUUUUUCAUCACACUCCCACUGUUGGACUGCCUCAGACAACCUAAGAGUUCUGUGCUGCUCUGUGUCCUGGUCUGGGCUUUUUGUAUUGUCAGUUUCCCUCUUGCCAUAGUUUUACAUCAGUUCAUACAUUUACUUAUUUAUGCUGCCCUCCCUGGCCCCCUGUUCAUCUUCUGCUUAGCUCGGACCUUCAGAGCCCUGCCUGCUGCCACCUCAGUGCCCACUCAGGAGAAACGUCGAAGUCUAGGAAUUUUAAUUCUGUUGUUCUUUAAGUACUUUGUACUGAUACUGAUUCCCAUAUCCAUCUUUCAUAAUGAACGUAUUCCCUUUGAAAUCAAUUGGAUCUUCUUUUUGCUCUGUCCUUUUGUGGACUUAGUUUUGUGUCUUUUCAUGCGGCAGGGGCGCAUUGACAGGCUGCUGGCAUGUCUGUGCUCAUCGGUGUGACUGACGGCAGCAGUGAGAGGUGUGGUGAUGAAAACAGAGUCAGGAGAGCAAAAGAGGGGGAAGAGUUGAUAUCAGAGUGUCAGAGUUUUUUGAUAAAUGAAGCAAACAACAGCUGAUAUCUGCAUCUCAGCCACGCUUUUCUCACUUCAGCUAUCCAUGUGUAAAUAAUUUCAAAAUUACUUUAUAAUCACUUUUAAACACUCAUUGUAUUCCAGUAGUAAACACAUUUUUCUUUUCUUUUUCAAUUGUUUUUUCAUCGAGAUUUUAAAAGUGUUUUGUUUUCCCUUCCUUGUAAUUAUGAUCACCAGUUAAUAUUCAUUUGUUUCUACAUGCAAAUAAUGUAUCCAAAUGUUUGUAACUUUUUAAAUUUGAAUUUGAAUUUUUAUUUAUACCAUCUCUCAUUCAUUUUUGUAUGGAACUCUUUAAGGUUAUUUGCAUUUCCUCUGAUCUACCCACUGAUGCUACAGCAGCACGUGUUAUUAAAAACUUUGCAUCUCUUUAUGCACCCAUGA